UUCUCCUUCAGUAACUCGUCUCUCCAUGUUUGCCAACGCACACAACACUUUACUUCAGCCCUGGCCUUGAAACGCGAUCUCAAAUAUUGCUACUUGGCCGAUCGAUGCGGCUUAGGACAUGUGAUCACGCGUGGGGAGGAUCUGGUCAGCUACGAAUUCUGCUGUAGCAUGUCGGGCGCAGCCUCUUGGGGAAGCAGUAACGGCAUCUGCAUCCCUUGUCGCAUGGACGAACCGGAAACAUACAACAACCAGAGCUUACCAUAUGCCACUUGUGACGUCUUCUGUCUGGAUAGCUAUCGAACAUUUGAUGGCCGCCUCUACAAUUUUCCAGGUGAAUGCACAUAUUUGCUGGCUGGAACCAACCUUUUACUAAAGGACCAGACGAACGAGGAAGUCAACGUGACCUCAUCUGGGCCCAUGGCGCCAUGGUAUAUCCUCAUCAGUUCCGAGACCUGUAAACGGCCAUCACAGUGUUACAGGACAUUAAUGAUGAAGUUUGGCGAGAAGACUAUUUCCAUAGACCGAGGCGUUGUACGUCUUCUAGAAGACGAUGAAGAAACUUGGACAGCAGUUGGCUUCAGCGAUAUGGAUCAGCAAACCGUCCAGGCCAUACAAGGUUAG